AGGAGGAGGCGGAGCUGGCUGUUUGAAAGUGGCGGUUAACCGUUCAUCACAGGGAUGUUUCUGUAAACAGACGGAGCAUUAUAAUUGACAAAGUUAGCCGAUAACGUUAUAAAAUAAAUGUUUUGUUCGGUAGCGGUGCUGUUGACGGUCAGCCAGACCCGCUGGAUUUCCUGAUAUUUUACACUGACACCGGAGGCAAAGCAAAAAAAAAAAAAAAAAAGCACCGUUAACGUCUUUAUAUUCACUGGAAUCUUGCAUCAUGACAAACGAGGAUGUUAAGGUGAUCCCAGUGCGGGUUGCCUUGCGAUGUCGUCCAUUGGUACCCAAAGAAAUUAACGAGGGAUGCCAGUGCUGUCUCACAUUUGUGCCUGGAGAGCCACAGGUGAUUGUUGGCACAGAGAAGGCAUUCACCUAUGAUUAUGUGUUUGAUCCCACUGCUGAGCAAGAAGAAGUCUUCAAUAUUGCAGUCUCACCCUUGUUGUCUGGACUUUUUAAAGGUUACCAUGCCACAGUGCUUGCAUAUGGACAGACAGGGUCAGGGAAGACUUUCUCCAUGGGAGGAACUUACACAUCAGCUCAAGAGAACGAUCCUUCAGUGGGAGUUAUUCCACGGGUUAUCGGGAUGAUUUUCCAGGAAAAGGAGAUGAGGACAGAUUGUGAAUUCUCUCUGGCAGUGUCAUACUUGGAGAUCUACAAUGAAGAUAUACUGGACUUGCUGUGUACAUCCAAAGAUAAACCUGCCAUCAGCAUUCGGGAAGAUCCUAAAGAUGGCAUCAAGAUUGUGGGCCUAACUGAGCGGGAGGUGUUUUCUGCCCAUGAGAUGGUGGGCUGUCUGGAGCUUGGAAACUCUGCUCGCACCGUGGGCUCCACAGCCAUGAACGCUGCUUCGUCACGCUCACAUGCGAUCUUUACUAUUACACUGGAGCAACGCAGGGGGACGGACAAAACUGACUCGGUUGUGUCAAAAUUACACCUUGUGGAUCUGGCUGGCUCUGAGAGGCAAAAGAAAACCAAAGCAGAGGGAGAUCGUUUAAAGGAGGGCAUCAGCAUCAACAGAGGUCUUCUGGCUUUGGGUAACGUGAUCAGUGCCCUGGGCGAUGAAAGCAAAAAAGGGUCCUUUGUUCCUUACAGAGACUCCAAGCUUACACGCCUGUUGCAAGAUUCUUUGGGAGGUAAUAGCCACACAUUGAUGAUUGCGUGCAUCAGCCCGGCAGACUCAAACAUUGAGGAGACUAUCAACACGCUGCGGUACGCUGAUAGAGCUCGCAAGAUAAAAAACAAACCUAUAGUCAAUGUCGACCCCAGAGCUGCAGAAAUGAAGCGCUUAAAACAACAGGUCCAGGAGCUACAGGUGAUGCUGCUGCAUGCCCGUGGAGGUGUGGCACCCGUACUCAAUGGCCCAGAGUCUGCUGAGAAUGUGACAAAGCUCUUGGAAAGGAACCGUGCUCUGCAGGAUGAGAACAACAAGCUCAGCAGGGAGCUGAGUGAGGCUGCUGGACAGACUGCCCUGAUGUUUGAGAAGAUUAUUAUGACGGAACAAACAAAUGAGAAGCUGCAAAGCAAACUGGAACAACUGCGACAACAUGCAGCAUGUAAAGUGGACCUUGAGAAAGUGCUGGAGACUUUGGAGGAUCAGGACUUGAAGGGUAAAGUUGAAGUGAUGAGAAAUCUGCAGGACAUCAUCUUGGAGCUCCAGAGUGAGAGUGCAGGCAUCGCUGCCUCCAUUGAUGCCAUGGCCUCAGGAGAGGACACACCUGAGGGAUCAGGGGAUGGCAGUAGAAAUUCAACAGACGGUUCCCCAUCAGAUGCUGCUGCCAACAUUGAUAAGGACUCAACAGAGGGCUUUACAACCCAUCAUGCACUGCGCCAGGCCCAGCUGUCCAAGGAACUGAUUGAGCUCAAUAAAGUGUUGGCUUUGAAGGAAGCUUUUGUUAAGAAAAUGUGCCAGAAUGACAGCCAGCUGGAGCCGAUGCAAACAGAGCACCAGAAAAACAUGCAUACUCUUCAGGCAGCAGUGGACUCUUUGCAGAAGGAGAAGGAGGAUCUUGUUUUGGCACUCCAGUCUGCAAAGAAAGAUACCAACCAGGCUAAGCUUAGUGAACAGCGCAGGAAAAGGCUCCAGGAGCUUGAGGGCCAGCUUGUAGACAUGAAGAAGAAACUUCUUGAGCAGUCCAAACUUCUGAAACUCAAAGAAUCCUCUGCUCGCAAUGUGACCAAGCUCAUGCAAGAGAUCCAGGCUAUGAAGGCCCAGCGUGUGCAGCUGAUGAGGCAGAUGAAGGAGGAUUCAGACAAAUUCAGACUCUGGAAGAGCAAGAAGGACAAGGAGGUGCUCCAGCUCAAGGAGAAAGAUCGUAAACGCCAGUAUGAAUUAAUAAAACUUGAGAGGGAUUUCCAGAAACAGGCCAAUGUUCUGCGCCGCAAAACUGAAGAGGCUGCAGCUGCUAACAAACGUCUGAAAGAUGCUCUGCAGAAGAGAAGUGAGGUAGCGGAGAAACGCAAGGAUGUCCAGAGCAGAGGAAUGGAAGGAGCUGCCACAAGAGUUAAGACAUGGCUUCUAAAUGAAGUAGAGGUGCUAGUCAGCACAGAGGAGGCGCGACGGCACCUGAAAGAUCUGUUGGAGGACAGGAAGAUCCUGGCUCAGGAGAUCAGCCGACUCAAGCAGCAGAUGGAGGCUGGGGAACGACCUGCUGCCAAAAUCAGGCGCCGAACACUGAUUAUCUCUGAACUAGAGAACCAGGGGGGCCUGGAAACACCUCUGAGUAAACAGGUGGAGAACCUGGAGACAGAAAUGGGCCUCAGGAGUGCCCAGAUAGCUGACCUUCAGCAGAAAGUGCUUGACGCAGACAACGAGGGGCGUUUGAAACAGCGCUGGGACAGCAUCACCAGCAUAGUGGAUGCCAAGUGUGCCCUCAAGCUCCUGAUGUCUGAGCUGGUGUCUGCUAAAACUGCUAAUGCCAAGCUAGAGAGCGACAUCAAACAGGAGAAGGGAAAUGCGUCGGACUUAACGAAGAUGCUGACAGAAGAGAGGAACGUGAUGUCGACCAUGGACAUGGAGCACCAACAGCAGCUCGUGGAACUAGAGCAGAGGCAUCAAGAAAAGGUCCUGUACCUCCUCAACCAGCUACAGAACAAACCCAUAUGUGGAGACUCAGAUGAAACAAAGCAGACAGAGGAAGAGACAUCAAAGGAGAGGGAGCUCCUGCAGCGCCUCAGAAUUCAGGAAGAAGAGAUUGAGAAGCUGCGGGAAAUGAGUGAGCAAAACCAGAAACUGAUGGAGGAAAAUGAGCAUUACAAACAGAAACUAACACUGAUCCAGCUGGCAAGUGGGAAGAAAAUGCUUUUGCCGACAUCCAACAGUGAAAAUAGUCCAGAGGACUCGUUUGAGUAUGUUCCGCCAAAGCCUAAAGGGAGGCGCUUCACAACAGCCAAAUUGCCGCUGAAGACGGCCAUCAACAUCGAGGAGCUGAUGUCUGCCUCUGAGAGCGAGAACGACGACGAAGAGGAUGAAUGGAUUCCUGAGAAACCCGAGAAGGCUCGCAGGAAUUCAAAGAGAUCCAAGGCAACUGGGUGUGCGUGUAAAGGCCGCUGUGGCAACAAGCUGUGCAGAUGCCGCAAAGGAAAGAUGACUUGUGGGGAGAACUGCCAGUGUGAUCAUGAGAAAUGUCGUAACAUGGACGUCCAGGUGUCUGCUGAUGACUCAAAUCAGACUGACAGCAGGUCAAGAGAUUCAGUGUCUUUUCCUGAAGACCCCACAGCCGUCAGUCCUGGCAACGCCACAUUCUUCAAGCCUCCCUCCUGUACCCCCACCAAAAAGGUGCUGAAGGAAAUUGGCGACAUGGGACACACUCCUUGUGACCUUAAACUGGACAGGAAACCCGUCUUCCCAGAGGGAGAGGAGGAGGGCGAAGAUGACGAUAGAAACACAGCCAGCCUCCUCAAGAAGAAGAAACGAAUUCUCACAAGUUUUCAAAACAGUUUUUUCUCCGGUUGCACACCCAUCAGGGAAGAAUCUUAAAACGGGACAUUGCAGGGUAGGGCCGUCUGUUUUAGGUGUCCUCUGUGUUUCGUUAAAUGUUUUUGUCCAUGUAUUUUCUUUAGUCUUUUUUUAAAUGUUAUUAAAAUGUCUUGUGCUCUACCUUAAGUGUAGCUGUUGAUUCAGAAACACUUUCCCUUGUAUUUAGAGUAAAAGGUUAACUAAUUGACUGUGAACUGCAUUGGAAAAUCCGACGUAAUGCACAUUUAGAUGAUUCAGAUUAUAUUUCUAUUUUUAAGUCUUUUUUUAGUGUUGUAAACAAUGACUAACACUGAAUUUACCACCAUUGAAGCCAAUUUCAUGAGAAAUAUUAAUACGGAACUUCUAGGCAAGCACCCUUAAAGUGUUUCCACCAUGUUUUUAGUAUCACAGGUUAAUAAAAGUCUUACGGUCAA